AUGAAUUCACAUGAUGACGAUAUAAAUCCAGCAGAGCCUCCACCAUCAUACGAAGAAGUAAUCAAGGAAUCAACUAGCGGCAGUUACUCAAGACCAAACCCCCCACCACCUCAACCACCACGGCCGGAGUCUUUUAGACCACCCCAGCCACCAAGACCUUCAAGUUCAUCUCAUUCGAGGCAUAACUCACCUGCACAACCAGCAGCGUCUGCACCGCAGCGACCCCCAAGGCCUGCUCAGAAUCCGAACUCGUUAUAUACCACUAACGAUCGCCUACCAUUUCACUAUCCAAAGGGAUUUCUUUGUCAGAAGUGUAGAAAUUCGGGAUAUAAGGUCAAAAAUGGGAAAGUAUGUAGAGAGUGCUGGGAUAGGUUUUACUUGAAAAACAACGCAUAUAACCCUAAUCCACAAUUACCUUUUAAGUUUCCAAAGAGAUAUAUGUGUGAAAAGUGUAAUAAUACAGGGUACAAGUUGAAAAAUGGCAGAUCAUGUCAGGAUUGUUGGGAGAGAUAUAGUCCCAGAAAUCCAUAUCAGCCGGUAUCUUCGCUGCUGUCAUUUAAUCCAUUUUCUAUCACACAGAAUGCGAUUAUGAAUUCAAUGUCUCCUUAUGGGUCGGGGCCGGGGCCAUCUUCAUUACCUCCAAUGCGGGUCAACCCCGGUGACCCAAGAAUAGGUGGUACAUUAUGUGGGAGAUGUAGAGGAACUGGUUUAAUAACGUUCUUUUUGGAUGACGAGUUAUGUCCUGUUUGCAACGGGAUUGGAAGAAUAUUGUCUGGUCCUCCCAUGCAACCUCCUGGGCCGCCUCCAGGCCAAUACCGCCCUAUGCCUCCAGGGGGACCCUUUGGACCUAACCCAUAUAUGGGAGGUAAACGCUAA